UGAAAAGCAAACAGGUGUGAUAUUAUAUCUACGAACUAAAAUUUCCGAUUCCAGCAUUCGUUUUUAGAGAAACGGGAGACGAACAGUGAUUUUUGAUAACUCGAUAAUGACCACCUUAUUCAUUUUUUUAACUGUAACGUUUGCACUUGAGCUUAUUAUCCUAUACGUGCAUUCUUUGCCGGUCGAUUCGGUUGCAAGAAUUAGAGUACCUUCUGAGGAGGUGAUAUCGUUUGAAAGAGCCGCUUUUCAUAGAUCUGCGAGAGACGUUGAGUACGAAGAUACAGACUCAAAAGAUGCAACAUUUGCAGGAAAAUCAAACAACGCGCCUGCAACUUCAAAAAACAUAAAAAUUGUAUUACGAAGAGAUAUCGAUGACGAUAAUAACGACAAUGACUACGAUGACAAUAGCGAUUGGAGGAAUGCAGGAUCGGACAGGGAUGGGGCGUUGUCAGGUUAUAUGGAAAAGGACGAUAAAUUCCCGACAGUAGCUUAAGAAGAGAACCGAAACUUUAUUGUGAAGUGGUUGAUACAGUGUGAUAAUGUAGAAUAAUACAAAUCGACUAAAUAUAAGAGAUA